ACAAACAAUCAAAAGUUCACCUAUAUUAGUGUUAUCAGUUCGGAAUGAAAAUGUAUAGUGCCAGUUUUUUGGUCUGGUUAUUAUACUUUUAUUUAAAUUUUGAAAAGGGAAAUUCACAAGAUUCAUCUCCAGGCGCUAGAGCUAAUGCAAUGUGUGAAAUUUACACAGCAAAUGCGAAGAAGAAUAAUAUUUGUCCUAUUUCAAAUCUUAACCCCAUAAUAUCUCGCGCAGUGCCAGCAGAAACUGGAGAAUUUCCUCAUAUGGUAGAAAUUGGUUAUAAGAUAGACAACGAUACCGAAUGGUAUUGCAGUGGUUUUAUAAUAAGUAAAAAUGAUGUCCUAACAGCAACUAACUGCGCUUUAUAUAGAAGAGGAAUAGAUCUAUAUUUAACAGAAAAAGUAAUAAGAGCUGGAGUAACUGAUCAAAAGGAUCUGUCAAAUGCCCAGAUAAGAAAUAUUAAAUCUAUUAUAUUCCAUGCUGAAUAUGAACGACAUGUGAAAAACGACAUAGCACUCAUUAAAGUUAAAGAAGAUUUUAUAUUUAACAAGUUUGUAGGUCCAGUGUGUUUGUACACCAAUGAGAAUAAUCCAGAUGGAAAAGGAAUUCAGACAGGAUGGGGACCAAUAUCUUCAAUACAGCAACCACAGCAAAUGUUAAAGUUUUUUGUAUACUUUAUUACUGAUCACAGUUGUAUUAAUACUGUUGUCCAAAAUACAAAUCGCGAGGCAGAGGGUAUACUAAACGGAACUUUGGUGUGCGCUGGAGGAAAUCCAAAUAUUGAUUAUUGCCAGGUUGAUGCUACAGGUCCCUUACAUAUCAAUCGCAGUGAUUCGACCGGCUCAAAUUGUAUGUAUGAUAUAGUAGGAAUCCAAUCAUUAGGCGCGUCGUGUGGCAUAAGCCAAGCGCUCCCAUCAGUUUUUACCAAAAUUUCCCAUUAUAUCCAAUGGAUUGAAGAUAAGGUCUGGCCAGAAAAUGAAAUAGAAAAUUCGUAGGUUAAAGAUCGUAUACAUAUUUUUUAUCUUAUUACGAACAGAUUAAAGUAGAAUAGAUAAUUUUUACAGAUUAUAUUGUACUACCCUAUAAAAUAUUCUAUCCUACUUA